AUGUCCAUAAUUUUCCUUGCACUACUUGCAUGUUAUCUGUUAUCAUUCAACGUUGAAGCAACACCAAACUUUGAGGCUGAGGCUCUCCUGAGAUGGAAAGGGAGCCUUGGAAACCAAACAUCUCUGCAGUCAUGGACGCCGGGGAAUAUCAACGAAAAGCUUACUACAGGCCCAUGCAUGUGGUUCGGAAUUACUUGCAACAUGGCCGGAAGUGUCACAGAAAUAAGCCUGCCAAGCGCACGGUUAAGAGGUAAUCUCAGCAGUUUAGAUUUCUCUUCCUUUCCAAACCUUGUUAGUCUCAAUCUCAGUUGCAACCUUCUCACUGGUCCCAUUCCAUCCCAAAUUGGUACCCUCUCCAGACUAACCCACCUUAAUCUCUCAAUGAAUUUUCAUUCUGGUAAUCUUCCACUUUCCCUCACCAAUCUCACUAACCUUUCAUUGCUCUAUCUGGGCAAUAACUUGAUAAAUGGCGAACUAGACCCACGACUAUUCUCCAACUGGACAAGGCUUGAAUUUCUUGAGCUCCAGAACAACAAUUUUACUGGGGUAAUACCUUCCCAAAUAGGCCUCUUAACAAAUUUGAAAGAACUAGCUUUGAUGAAUAAUCACAUCUUUGGCUCAAUUCCACCCGAAAUAGGAAAUUUGAUAAACUUGGAUGCUUUGGCUUUAAGUGGAAAUCAUCUUAUGGGUCCUAUUCCCCCAUCUCUUGGUAACCUCAGCCAAGUGACCAUAGUAUAUCUAAAUCAAAAUAGACUCUCCGGCCCCUUGCCUCAGACAAUUCAGAGUGCUAAAAAUCUGAAAAAUUUGCGGGUGUUUAAAAAUCAGUUAUCCGGUCCUGUACCUCAAGGAUUAGCAAAUCUCUCAUCCUUAGAGAAUCUCCAACUUAAUGAAAACAACUUCUCCGGUCACUUACCACCAGUCUGUCAGAAAGCACCUCUUCAAGUAUUCACUGCAUUCUCUAACAACCUCUCAGGUCCUAUCCCGAAAAGCUUGAGAAACUGCAAAAGCCUCACAAGGUUAAGACUCCAUGAAAACCAACUUACUGGAAUGUUAGACCAGGACUUUGGAGUGUAUCCAAAUCUCAACUACCUUGAGUUGAGCUACAACGACUUGAAGGGGGUGCUAUCACCUCAAUGGGGAGGGUGUGGAAAAUUAAAAUCACUGAGAAUCGCUGGUAAUAAGAUCACCGGUGAAAUACCCAGUGAGCUUGGCAAAUUGAACCAACUCGGUCUGCUUGAUCUCUCUUCUAACCAAAUUGUUGGAGAAAUACCAAAGCAAUUGGGAAGAUUAUCUAAUCUCAUCUUCCUGCACUUGAGAGACAAUCAAAUUUCAGGUCUGUUGCCACCUGAAAUUGGUGGCCUUUCCAAUCUUGAGGAUCUAGACUUGUCUGCCAAUAGGCUGAGCGGACAAAUUCCAGAAAAAGUUGGGGAUUGCUCAAGGCUGCGCAAUUUGUGCUUGAGCAAGAACUAUUUCAAUGGAACUAUCCCCCAUACCAUUGGUGAUCUAGCCCACCUAGGCUUACUUGAUCUAAGUCAAAAUAGACUCACUGGUGACAUACCUCCUCAACUUGGGAGUUUGAUAAUGUUGGAGUACCUGAAUCUCUCUCACAAUGUGCUCUCUGGUUCCAUUCCCUUAUUCAACCAGAUGACAGGACUAACCUCCAUCGAUUUAUCAUACAAUGAAUUGGAAGGUCCACUUCCUGAUAAUGAUUUCUUUCGCCAUGCAAAUCUAACAGCAUUCAGCAACAACAAAGAUUUAUGUGGCAUAGUAGAACGUUUGCGGCCCUGCAAUGUUACAUCACUGGAGAAUGGUGCUCAUAGCAUUGCUGGACGCAGAGUUUUUAUCAUUGUUGGAGCUUGUUUGUUUGGAAUGUUGUUAUCAUUUGCUAUUUUGGUUGGGUUUUUAACUCUCUCAGGUAGAGCCGAAUUCAAAAGCAAGUCAAAAGAAGCAACAACAUCAAAUAGUGGAAACAUAUUCUCAGCACUGAAUUUCGAUGGGAAGAUUGUAUAUGAAGAUAUCAUCACAGUCACCAAUGACUUUGACGACAUGUAUUGCAUUGGGAUGGGUGGAACUGCAAGAGUUUACAAAGCGCAAAUGCCAACAGGACAUGUACUAGCAAUAAAGAGAGUGUGGUGCUUGGAAGGUGAAGAAGAGGAAGAGAUGGUGGAGACUUUCAAGAAUGAAAUUCGAGUGUUAUCAGAUAUACGACAUAGAAACAUAGUAAAAUUUUAUGGGUUCUGUUCUCAUGGACAGCACAAAUUCCUAAUUUAUGACUACAUCGAGCGAGGAAGCUUGGCUAAUGUCCUAUGCAAUGAUGAAGAAGCCCAAAAGCUAGGUUGGAGCAAGCGGGUGGACAUUGUUAGGGAUAUAGCUAAUGCUUUAUCUUACAUGCAUCAUGAUUGCACUCCAGCGAUCAUUCAUCGAGACAUCUCAAGCAAAAAUGUGCUCUUGAAUAGUGAGUUUGAGGCUUGCAUCUCUGAUUUUGGCACAGCAAGGUUUUUGAAGCCUGAGUCAAGUAAUUGGACAGCUAUGUUUCACUGCACUAUGGCAGGCACGUAUGGAUAUGUUGCUCCUGAGCUAGCAUACACAAUGAGAGUGACUCAAAAAAGUGAUGUUUAUAGCUUUGGUGUUCUAGCACUUGAAGUGAUCAUGGGAAAACAUCCAGCUGAGCUUAUAUCGUCUUUAAGUACACUUGAACAGAGCAUCGAGCUAAAGGAACUGCUAGAUCUACGUCUUCCACCUCCUACUGUUCUGUUUGAGAAAGAUGUGGCUUCCGUAGUGAAGCAGGCACUGUCAUGCUUACACAUAACUCCAAAUUGCAGACCCACCAUGCGUGUGGUGUCUCAGGCACUAUUGAAAGCUUAA